AGGAGGAAAGGCAGCCAUCUUGUUCGCCGCCGCCGCUGCUGCUGCUGCUGCUGCCGGCGCUUCGCUGCGGAAGCCCUUUAUAAGCAGGACGGGCGGCGGCGGAGGAGAGGAGUGAGGAAAAGGCCCGUCUUGGGAAAGGAAGCGAAAACAGUGGAGUUUGAGCGAGUCUCCCGGCGAUGGCGGAUAGCGAUAAGCUCAACAUAGACAGCAUCAUACAACGGCUGCUGGAGGUGAGAGGAUCGAAACCUGGCAAAAAUGUCCAACUUCAAGAAAACGAAAUCAGAGGGUUGUGCUUGAAGUCUCGGGAGAUCUUUCUCAGUCAGCCCAUUUUGUUGGAACUUGAAGCACCACUGAAAAUAUGUGGUGACAUCCACGGACAGUACUAUGACUUACUUCGACUCUUUGAAUAUGGGGGAUUUCCACCAGAAAGCAAUUACCUGUUUCUUGGUGAUUAUGUCGAUCGAGGAAAGCAGUCCUUGGAAACCAUUUGCCUCUUACUGGCCUACAAGAUAAAAUACCCUGAAAAUUUUUUCCUCCUCAGAGGGAACCAUGAAUGUGCUAGCAUUAAUAGAAUUUAUGGCUUUUAUGAUGAAUGUAAAAGAAGAUACAACAUCAAGCUGUGGAAAACCUUUACAGACUGCUUUAAUUGUUUACCAAUUGCAGCCAUUGUGGAUGAGAAAAUAUUUUGCUGCCAUGGAGGCUUAUCACCAGACCUCCAGUCCAUGGAACAGAUUCGACGGAUUAUGCGUCCUACUGAUGUGCCUGAUCAAGGCCUUCUCUGUGAUCUGCUGUGGUCUGAUCCAGAUAAGGACGUGCUUGGAUGGGGUGAAAAUGACAGAGGGGUGUCUUUCACCUUUGGAGCUGAAGUUGUUGCAAAGUUCCUACACAAACAUGAUUUGGAUCUUAUAUGCAGAGCUCAUCAGGUGGUUGAAGAUGGCUAUGAGUUCUUUGCAAAAAGGCAGCUGGUCACCCUGUUUUCUGCCCCCAAUUACUGCGGGGAGUUUGACAAUGCAGGCGCCAUGAUGAGUGUGGAUGAGACUUUGAUGUGCUCCUUUCAGAUCUUGAAGCCUGCCGAGAAGAAGAAGCCCAACGCUAGCCGACCCGUAACACCCCCCCGGGGGAUGAUCACGAAACAAGCAAAGAAAUAAUCACUCCUGGCCCGGCCUAGUUGGGACUUGUACUAUAGUAUAUAAUCUCAAUUUUUUAAAAGAAACAGUAACAUGUAUUGGUCAGCCUGCUAAGACUAGAUUUAAAUGUGUUUGUGGUUUUUCUGUUCAUUUUGAUGGAUGGCUUUGGCUGGUUGUCACAGCAAAGGAGGCUCUCGCUUCUCGAAAAGAGUUUUUUUUAUUUAAAAAAACGAUUUGUUUGGAGAGCAAUGGUGUGAUCCUUUUCCUUCUCUAUGUCCCAGCUGUAGAAUCCACAGCCCCUUCUCCUGCCAUUUGGGGUAUCUGUACCACUAACGCCGGGUGGUGUGUGAUGCCUGCUUUUCUUUUUAGGACCUCACACGACACUAGUGUGCUCCAAGGCUAGGAAACGUAUUGCUGUCAGGUUAAUAUUGUUUGUAGAGACCACUGUGAAUGUCUUUCCUUUUUCUUUUUUGUUGAGUUUCAAAGGGAUUGCUUUUUUUCCCUCCUUGUCAUGUACACAUGUUCUGUUGUCAAACCUUUGAGAUUACCCUCAACCUUUUGCCAGCCUCACUGGUAUGAUGUAUAUUUUAUUGGGAGCACACUUUUCCUCCCGUAUACUUUAAAAUGACAAUUAAAGCCAUUAUUUUAAAA